AUGGAGGGAGUCGAUCUUACCAAAGCAAUGCUCAACAAGGGCAAACAAAUGGCAAGUGUCGCUGCUUCAGCUGCCAAUGGCAAUGGCGGCAAGAAAAGGAGAAAGGGCACUGAUUUGAAGCCCAUCGUCACCAAUGAAGGAACCCCCACUGAAUCCACCGGUGCCGCUCCAAACUCCAGAUCCGGAUCGCGCUCGUCGUCUGCGUCGUCGGGCGAAGAACUCGAGGCCACUGCCGAGGAAGAAGACUCUGAGGAUUACUGCAAGGGCGGAUACCACCCGGUCGCGGUGGGCGAAACAUACAACAAUGGCCGCUAUGUGGUGGUGCGCAAGCUCGGUUGGGGCCAUUUCUCUACGGUUUGGUUGUCAAGAGAUACCACGACCGGAAAACACGUUGCGCUGAAGGUCGUUCGGUCGGCCGCACACUACACCGAAACCGCGAUCGAUGAGAUCAAGCUCCUCAACCGAAUCGUGCAAGCGAAACCAUCCCACCCCGGUCGGAAGCAUGUCGUCAGUUUGUUGGACUCGUUUGAACACAAGGGACCGAAUGGUGUCCAUGUCUGCAUGGUGUUUGAAGUCCUUGGCGAGAACUUGUUGGGAUUGAUCAAGCGCUGGAACCAUCGUGGUAUCCCGAUGCCGCUCGUCAAGCAAAUCACAAAGCAGGUGCUGUUGGGCCUAGAUUAUAUGCACCGCGAGUGUGGGAUCAUCCAUACAGAUCUCAAGCCGGAGAAUGUGUUGAUCGAGAUUGGCGACGUCGAGCAGAUCGUCAAGGCGCAUGUCAAGGAGGAAGCGAAGAAGGAAGCCAAAGAGGACAACCGGAAUGGCCGUAGACGGCGGCGCACCUUGAUCACCGGCAGUCAGCCGUUGCCUAGUCCUCUCAACACCAGCUUUAGCAGCUUUGACUUCAAACAUAGCUCGUCCAACUCCCAUAGCAGUCUCAGCCAGAUCGUCAACGAAAACACAGAUACCCCGUCAAUGAAAGAGCUGCUCGGCGUCAAGGAAGAAGAUGAGAAGCAGUACCAGCGCGAGAAGACCGCUGAUCUUCUGGAGCGAGAAGUGUCUGGUAUUUCUCUUGAUAAAGGUUCUACUAAGUCCACAGAAGAAGAAAUUGACGCCAACAUCAUCUCCGUCAAAAUCGCUGAUCUAGGCAACGCAUGCUGGGUCGGCCACCACUUCACCAACGACAUUCAAACCCGCCAAUACCGUUCACCCGAGGUCAUCCUGGGUUCUAAAUGGGGCGCGAGUACCGACGUGUGGAGCAUGGCAUGCAUGGUCUUUGAAUUGAUCACCGGAGACUACCUGUUUGACCCACAAUCAGGGACCAAGUAUGGCAAAGACGACGACCACAUUGCCCAGAUCAUUGAACUCCUCGGUCCCUUCCCCAAAUCUCUCUGCCUGUCUGGAAAAUGGUCCCAAGAUAUCUUCAAUCGCAAGGGUGAGCUGCGCAACAUUCAUCGACUCCGCCACUGGGCCCUGCCCGAUGUCCUCAGAGAAAAGUACCACUACUCGAUGGAAGAAAGCAUGCGCAUCAGUGAACUCCUACUACCCAUGCUGGAUCUGUCACCAGAGAAACGUGCCAAUGCCGGUGGAAUGUCGUCUCAUGAGUGGAUGAAGGACACACCAGGGAUGGAUGGGAUUGAUCUAGGCAUUCCCCCUGGAACCCGCGGAGAGGGCAUUGAAGGCUGGGCUACUGAGGUCAAGAAGCGAUGA